AUGUUAGAAAGAGAGUGUUUUUAAAGCGGGACAAUUGUAUUGCCACUGGAAAUUCAACACUUGUUGGUUAUUGUGCAGUUCAUGUUUCCCUUCAUUUCAUUCCAACCUUGGGAAGAAAAUGAAUCAGGAAAUGAAUGGGGUGGAAGUUGAAAGGGUAGAAGAGAAAAUAGAUUAUGUGUUUAAGGUUGUGGUGAUAGGAGACUCAGCAGUAGGAAAGACUCAAAUACUGUCAAGGUUUGCAAAGAAUGAGUUCUGCUUUGACUCAAAAUCAACCAUUGGAGUUGAAUUUCAAACUAAAACUGUCACAAUAAAUGGUAAACUCAUCAAAGCACAGAUCUGGGAUACUGCUGGCCAAGAAAGGUACAGAGCAGUGACAAGUGCAUACUACAGAGGAGCAUUAGGGGCAAUGCUAGUGUACGACAUAACUAAAAGACAAACGUUCGAUCAUGUAGCUAGAUGGGUUGAAGAACUUCGAUCACACGCUGACACUUCCAUUGUGAUUAUGCUAAUUGGUAACAAAGGUGAUCUUGUGGAUCAAAGAGUGGUACACACCGAAUAUGCUGUCGAGUUUGCAGAGGAUCAAGGCCUCUUUUUCUCUGAGACUUCAGCUUUUACUGGUGAAAAUGUCAACUCUGCAUUUUUUAAAUUGCUUGAAGAGAUUAAUAAGGUUGUUUCAAAAAGGUCGUUGGACUGUAAUAAUGGGAAGGCCAAUGCUAUUAUUCAUAAAGGAUUGGAAAUUGAUAUAAUCUCACCUCCUGAAUUAGAAAUUACUGAAUUCAAGAAAUUACCUUCAUGUUCUUGUUGAUUAUUAUUAUAAACAUCUAAGUAAAGAUACAGAGACAAGUGUGAAAAGUACAUAUGUAAUUUUUUUUUAAAUGUGCUUAGCUUGUAUUUGGUUUGGCCGUGGAAUUAGUAAAAUCAUGGCAAGUCAAUAUGAAUUUAAAAAACUACACUCUAUAAUUUUUACAAAAUUACAUUGGUUCACCGUUGUAUGUAUAAAUGGGGAUAAUGCGGUAAUAAUGGAGAUUAAUUUCAUCUCAUCCUUGUUCCAUGCUCA